UCCGUCAGUCUGUUUCCUCUACAAAUGCAUUUGAAUUCAAAGCCUCGAAAAAGUGUGCGCAGUUUUAUUGUCAUAACCGGCGCACAGAACAACGCCCACGCAGCAGUUCCAGAGUUCGACGAACUGGCUGAGUCCCCUUGGUGUCCGGAGCGCUCGAUUCUUAACUUUCAUAAAGAGCACCCCUCUGAUAAUGCAUUGACUGACUCUGCGUAUAAAAUCACACCUUAUCGUUUCUCAGAGACAUAUUGCAUUUUGCAUUACAGUUUUAGCAAAGUAUAGGCUACUGUCCGGGAAAGGAGCGGGGCCCGACUCAACGUCUACAAAUUACACAGCACCGCGGAUCGGCCGGCAGACCUCGAAGAAGCCAAACUUUAACGGCGCGUUGUGAAUUAAUUGGCACACACCGGUGAAUUCUAAGAGCACAAAACUGAACAAAUGGCAGAACAGAUAUACAAGAUCACAGACCCCAAGCUGGACUUGGCUGUUGAAAACACUUCAAAGUCCAUUGACUCGAGCAGAAACGUCACAAUACAAUUAUUGAACUCCUCUUCAACCUUCAUCUUGAGAAACCCAAAAUACCAUUGUUCCAGUGGAUACAACAUCACUCCACCUCCUAGCAUUCUUCCUAAAGAGACUGCAGCGAUAAUGUCCUUCACCAAAAGGAAAGUGGUGCCCCGUGGGUGUGUUGGCGUCCUGACCUAUGAGCUGGCAAAGAGUGAAGAAGGGAGUACUGUCAGCUGUCUCGCCAUCAUGUUCAGUAAUCCAUACGACUACAACCUGUACAAUAUCUGGUGCGCUGCUGGAAUAAUUGAGCCUUGCCAGGCUUGCGAUGAAGUCUUAUUCCGUCAAAUGUAUGAUGAAAAAGGAGACAGCAGGUUCUCCCGAAUGAAGGCCUCUGACAACAUGUCCAUUUACAAUGCAAAAGAUGUCGUCAUAAAAGCAAAAAUUUCAGACAAACGUAAUGCUAUACUUAAAGUUGAAAUGCUGGACAGAAAUUCUUACUCUUAAAAGAGUCGUAGGCUGCGCUCUGAUUCCAGUUUGGCUAUCUGGCAUUUUACUAAUCUGGUGAAGCAAUUUCUGCCAUAAUUAUGUCUGGCUGUUCUAAAAUGUUGCAUUUAUGCCUUUUCUGCCAGUUUUGUGCUAAUUCUUAAUUUUAUUUUUAUUAAGCAUUGUUUUUGCAAUGGCUGUUAUGAUCCCACUUUGUAUUGCAUGAUUGCCACCAUUUUCAGUUACUUUGCUAUGGGUGAUGCUAUAUUGUUUGCAGCUCAGCGCUAUAAACUACAGUCAGUAAUAAAACAUGGUAGGCCUCUCUUUGUUUAAAUUCUUUCUUCUUAGUGGAGAGAAAGCAAAAAUAAAUUUCCACAAGGAGUUUAGUUUAAAGA